GCCCAGAAGACCCUCAACUUUCAAUAAAAAAAGACGGAAAAGUUAUAAAAAUGGCCGACGAGGCCCUCUCCAUCUAUGAUGAGAUCGAGAUCGAGGAUAUGACCUUCGAUCCGGCCAUCCAGAUCUACCACUACCCUUGUCCGUGCGGCGACCGAUUCGAGAUUGCGAUCGAUGACCUUCGCGAUGGGGAGGAUAUUGCUGUGUGUCCGAGCUGUAGCUUGAUGAUUCGGGUGAUUUUUGAUGAGUCUGAUCUUCCAGGGAAUGACCAGAACGGAGGCGCUGGCGCUGUUGCUGUGCAGGCCUAAGUGCUGCACAUCACGAUGAAGAAUGAUGAAAGAUGAUGGAAUACGACGGUCGAGGACACUCGGCUCCAAGACUUGAAAAACACCGAUACUCCAGGGCCGACGCACAGUCUAUUGCUCAUCACACCCAUCGAGAUUGUGAAACCAGACGUGAUUGCUGGAUCCCCGUCGACUGCAUGAUGGUUGCCACGUUUACGUCCUUGCUUUGGAUGGCUUCUCAACGAUGGCACCUACGUUGGUCGAAGGGAGGGAGAUCUUGGUCACACGCCAUAUACGACUGGUCAAGGCAGCGGGUUGUCCGCGCCAUGGGUUGUCAACAAAAAGGCGACGGUUAGCAACUAUUUCUGCAGGACUGAAAUAGAACGGUUACUAGGGGCAUAUGGAUGAUUUGGAAUCCAUAUCUCAAUUGAUUAUAUGUAUUGUAUUGAUGUGGCGUCUACGCAGCAAGUAUUCCAUAGUACUCGCCGCUGAGCUAUCCACUUGAAUAA